AUGGGUUCCUUUGAAGACGAGGACCGGAAGUAUCUGGAAGAUGUCCAGGCCGUCCAGAACUGGUGGAAGGAUUCCAGAUGGAGACACACCAAGCGGCCCUUCACUGCAGAUCAGAUCGUGGCCAAGCGGGGAAAUCUGAAGAUCGAAUACCCCUCCAAUGUGCAGAGCAAGAAGCUGUGGAAAAUCCUGGAGAGUAACUUUGAGAAAAAGCUCCCUAGUUUCACCUAUGGCUGCCUUGAGCCCACGAUGGUCACACAAAUGGCCAAAUACCUAGAUACCGUCUACGUCUCUGGCUGGCAGAGCUCCUCUACCGCCUCUUCUACUGAUGAACCAUCUCCCGAUCUUGCCGAUUACCCCAUGAACACCGUCCCCAACAAGGUCAACCAGCUCUUUAUGGCUCAGCUAUUCCAUGACCGGAAGCAGCGCGAAGAGCGCGUGACUACCCCCAAGGAGCAACGUGGCAAGGUCGCAAAUGUGGAUUAUCUGCGACCCAUCAUCGCAGAUGCUGAUACGGGACAUGGUGGCUUGACGGCGGUGAUGAAGCUGACAAAGCUGUUUGUUGAGCGCGGUGCCGCCGGCAUUCACAUCGAAGAUCAAGCCCCUGGCACCAAGAAGUGUGGCCACAUGGCUGGUAAGGUGCUCGUGCCCAUCAGUGAACACAUCAACCGACUGGUGGCUAUUCGGGCACAGGCAGAUAUCAUGGGAACCGACCUGCUUGCUAUUGCUCGGACUGACUCCGAAGCGGCCACCCUCAUCACCUCAACUAUCGACUUCCGGGACCAUGCCUUUGUCGUUGGUUCGACGAAUGCGAGCCUGCAGCCCCUGAAUGAUCUCAUGGUGGCUGCUGAACAAGCUGGCAAGAAUGGUGCGGAACUUCAAGCCAUCGAAGACCAAUGGAAUGCUCAGGCUGGCCUGAAGCUUUUCAGCGACGCCGUCAUCGACACCAUCAAGCAGGGCGCCCACGCCAACAAGGACACUCUCGUCACCGACUAUCUGAAGCAGGCCAAGGGCAAAAGCAACCGUGAAUCCCGGGACAUCGCCAAGCGUAUCACCGGAGUCGACAUCCACUGGGACUGGGAUGCCCCCCGCACCCGGGAGGGAUACUACCGGUACCAGGGCGGCACGCAGUGUGCGGUCAACCGAGCCAUUGCUUACGCUCCAUUUGCAGACCUGAUCUGGAUGGAGAGCAAGCUCCCCGACUAUGCUCAAGCGAAGGAGUUCGCUGAUGGUGUUCACGCCGUGUGGCCCGAACAGAAAUUGGCGUACAACCUGUCACCAUCCUUCAACUGGAAGAAGGCGAUGCCGCGCGAUGAGCAAGAGACAUACAUCCAGCGUCUGGGUGCUCUAGGAUACUGCUGGCAGUUCAUCACCCUGGCUGGCCUGCACACAACAGCGCUGAUCACGGAUCAGUUCGCCAAGGCGUACGCGAAGCAAGGAAUGCGGGCGUACGGUGAAUUGGUCCAGGAGCCAGAAAUCGAGCAUGGCGUGGAUGUGGUUACGCACCAGAAAUGGAGUGGCGCCAACUACGUGGAUAACCUGUUGAAGAUGGUGACGGGUGGCAUCAGCAGCACGGCUGCCAUGGGGAAGGGUGUGACGGAAGACCAGUUCAAGCAUUAA